CGUAUAUAUGUACAUACAUAUUUACAUCCAAAGUGUGAAAUAACGGUAAGCUUCUCAAAAAGUCACUUACAUACACACUUGUGCAGAAAGACUAACAUAAAAAUAUAUACACAACUUCACCACGAGAAAUAGUGCAGUAUUCAAAAAGAACAACUUAAGUGCAAUAAAAUUUAAAACGAAGGCAGAAAAAGCGGUUUAACAACAACAACUGUACACAUACAUAUAUCAAACUAACAGUGACAGCUGACAGUGACAUAAAUGCGACCUUUUAAAGACUUUUUCGUCUUUAAAAUGGAUACACAAUACUGCGCAAGCGCACUUUUAUUUUUCAUUUUACUUCUCGGUGCACUCUUCACUAUCAGCAGUGCCGAAUCCAGUCAGAAUGAUAAUACGCCAGCUCGUGUCUUAGCCAAACAAACCGGCGCCGCUCAGUUCGAAGAAGAACAUUAUGAGACACACACGGAUUGUGAUGAUCACAAGCACCACCUAAAGAAGCGCGCUUCCGACGAGGAUGUCGACUAUGAGGUGUAUCAAGGUGUCGUCGGCAGACCUGGAAUCGAUUUCCCUAUUUAUCCACGUAUACCGAAAACGACAUUCAGUUGUCGUUCUUUUGGUAAUGGCUACUUUGCAGACAUGGAGACGGACUGCCAGGUAUUUCACAUAUGUGAAGAGGGUCGGAAGAUAUCGUUCCUAUGUCCGAAUGGCACUAUUUUCCAGCAGAGUGAACUUACUUGCGAUUGGUGGUUCAAAGUGAAUUGUCUCGGCUCACCCGGCUACUACGCAGAUAGUGCAGAGAUACUCAACAAACAGCGCGUACAACGUAUACGUCCCUCUGUACCGGUUCAGGGAUUUAAUAUUGUGGGUGGUGGUUUAAACAUAAAACCCAAAGUGACUAACCAAGUGCCACGUCCACGACAAUCAGCUAAACCUGAGCGACGCUUCGAUUCGAAUGAGGAGCCGUCUCUAGAGACUGUUGAUUUUGAAGAUAUAUCAGGAGAAAAGCAAUUAAAAGGAGAAAAGACACAGAUACCGGCGAAUAUCGACAAUAAUAAUAAUAAUGAUGAGACGCAAAUUACCGCUGAGAGUGGAUCUUUUAUAGAUGGAAGAAGGCGCAAUAGUUUUGGAUAUGAAAAAGCGAAUGUAGACGCUGUCGAUACAAAGCCGGCAGAGGCUCGUGGUAGAACCACUGGUCGUAAUAGCGCUUAUGUAGAUGGGCGACGUGGAAAUAGCAACAACAGUGUAGAUGGUAAUAAAAAAGACAAUGGCGACAAUAAUAAUAAUGACAAUGGAAAUAGAAAUGGUAAUGGAAAUAGCAAAACUAACGGUAAUGGAAAUGCGAGCAGUAAAGGAAAGGUAAAUGUAAAUAAGAACGGAAAUAGCAAUAGUAAUCGUGAAAACAAUAACACCGAUAGCACACCUUCGGCACGAAGUGGCUAUACCUAUCAGAAAGAAUCUUCGGAACGGGCACGAGAUGGUAAACGCGGUCAACAACGCUAUCGUGAAGACAAUAAGCCCCAACUCAGCUCAGCGGAAUCUAGAGAAGUAACUUCUGAAAGUCGAGAAUUAAAUAAGAAACCUUCGUCGAUUGAGAAGCCGUCGCGACAAGUAGUUCCGGUCGAAGGCCGCGCUAAAUCUCGUGCUAGUUCAUCCAUCACAGCUGAAGAUCUGGACUCUAAUGAGCCAAGAUACUCAACCCGUUUUGUUGAAUCACGUAUACCAAAUACUACACCAUUUCACUCGCUUGGUACAUAUUCAACUGCCAGACGACUCGAUACAACUCGGAGCACGCCGUUCUAUACACCAACAGUACCUACAGUGGCAAAGUCUAAAACAACCGAGGGCAAAGGAUUUUACAUUAAGGGAUCACCAGUUGUUGGUUCAAAUAUAGUUGCAUCUACACCUAAUCCAAAUCGCCAUAAUGUUGGAACGGAACCAGCGGCCGCUACCAAACGAAGGGGAAGUUCACAGGAAACCACCACUAAUUCGCCCUCCAUAACAACAAUUCGACCACUUGUUAUUGGUAUGCGUUAUAACCACGAUUCAUCGGGUGAAAAACAUAGAACCACUGUUUCGUCGAAGGCAUCAGUCGAUGUUGAUGUACCGGUCCAACGUUCAAGGAAGCGUCCGGACUCUGCCGAUCUCAAAACUACCACCACCACUGCUGCACCUACAGGUCCUACAUAUUUACCACGUAAUGCAGCUAGACCGAAAGCAACAUUAAAUGCUGAUGGCGAAGAUUUCCUCUUUGCCCCCCAACCAAUCACCGAUGCUGAUGAUUCGGUAACACGUAAUGUACAAGAAAUGAUCAAAACAAUUAACAUGCUAAAGACUAAGUUCGAUGAUGUUGAUCAGACAAAAUUCCAAGGACAAGCACGCGAAGGCUUGGAUAUCCCACCCUCUUCGGGUCCUGAUGCUUUGGUGUCACUGGCGAAAUACUUUGCAGGAGAACAAAAUGCAGCGUCAAGUAACUCGGUGACCAGCUCAGUUGAAAAUAAAGAUGUAUCAAGCACCGACAGAAAUAUUCCUAUAACAACGUUUUCUACACUAAAAUACUCGACGAAACCAAUAAAGGCAGCGGAACAAUCAGCUGACUCCACCACCAUUUCCAGUAUUGGCGUGAGCAAAAAGUCAGAUGACAUACGCGCCAGUCUACUAAGUGAACGUACAGUUAAUCAAUACUCAAAUCUGUUUGGAUUAGAGGGCGCUGGAGGAAAACAGACUACAGAGAGUAUGCUCAGCCAGAAAAAUAACGGAGUGAAUGAUCCGCUUAGCUUAUUCCCACAAAUAGGUUCCACAGGUGCCACCAUAAGCAAAUUGGCGGAAGAGCCAGACUCGCGUAAAAUUGCUCACGUAUUUUCAGAAGCAAUUUCCAGUUACUUAGAAGAUCCAAAAACAUUUCGCGCACAACUUGAGGCUGCCAGACCAACCGAGCCUACAGUAGUGAGUGGAAAACCGAAUUUUGAGCCAGUUACAGUUACCGACAGAUCACUGUUUAGAUCAGGCACAGCUGCCACCUAUCUUCCAACACAGCCAACGACAAUAACUGAGUCACCCGCUACAGCCUCAAGCAUUGCGGCUGAGAUUAAUAAUAACUUUGAUUUCUCAACACCGUCAAACGAUUUCUUAAGCACCACAGAAGCUCCCGAUACUACAACAUAUAGGCCAAGAUUUGGUGGAGGCCGUGGGCAACAAUUGAGACAGCAAUUUUCACCAGAUUUGGCAUCGCCUAUCGGUGAUUCAGGAGAACAUGAUGAAUUCCUUCAUGGCGAGCAUACACAGUCCUUUGUUAUGUCACACAAUAUCAAUGUGAAUGCUGCAUUUGCUGACACUGAACACAAACCUACCGAAAAUCCUUGGAAUCACAUUUCACAGACCGAUUUCCUCGAUCCUCUCACCAUUAAUGAUGGGCUCAUGAAGGAACCUCGCACCACUACAGCCAGUACUUUGAGUUUAGCCAAGAAGGAGACGACAACAUCGAUACCAAGCACAACAUUACGCGGCCAACUAAGUGUGCUUUCGUCAGAUUUACAUCGUACUACGGCUCGCACCAAUGAGCAGUACACACGUGUCGGUUCCGCCGAGGAGACCACACGCCAUCCAACUGCCUCUGACCAUUCACCCGAAUUCGACUCAUGGCAAGAACUGUUUCACGCUUACAACCUACCACAAGAGUCGUUGCCCUCAAGUAAUGGAUUGCAGCGUAUUGCUAAUAAACUUUUCGGUGGCCUCAACGAAUCGGAGGCGUUACACCUGAAAAAUGUUAUGCAACAAGCGGAACACAAUCGCCAGGUGCUCAGCUUACUGCUAUUACUCAUACAGACAUGCGACGAUCAAAAUGGUAGAGCAUUGGAGCGUUCCCGGAAACACCUCUUGAACGCUUUGAUCGACAUGGAUAGUAAACUAACGAAUGAGAGUGGUAAAACAGCGCACCACAAAGGCGAUUUAGUAUCGCAGCCAGUCGCCACUACAACCACUCGCUCAUCGGAGACCACACUACGGCAAUCGGUUACAACGAAUUCGCCGUCGCCCGCCAGCACAAUUACCGAUACCGGCGCUUGGACGACGACCAUAACGCCUGCUAUCACACAGUCAAGUGACAAUAUUGAAGGUACGACGAAAUUCGAAAUACGUGUCGAAGACCCUGAAGAGAGUACUGCCCACACCAUUGCGUCCAGUAACAUUAGCGUCAAUGGCGGUGGAAGCAGCAGCUCGAAUUCGGAUGAACGGGCCCUAGAGCUACUCAAGUCAUUAUACUCAUUGGCAUCGAAAUUCACUAGCAGACGAUAAAGCAGGAUAAAUACUUGUGGCGAGAGGGUUCGAGAAUACAAAACGAAAGCACAGUGCUUGCUUCAGAUUUUGUAAUGUCAACACGUUCGCCACACUUGCCGUCCACGCUGUCUGAUCGAAUACUUCGCAAAAUCAAAAUUUUUAUUUUUAACUUUUAUAAUUUUGUAUUUAAUUUAAUUUCUAUUAUUUGCUAUUUAUAAUUUUAGCUAAUAUUUUAAUGGUCACAAGCCACAAAUUAUCCAGUAUAAUUUAAUGCUACAAAAAUCAAAGUUUUCACUUCUAAAUCAUUAAGUAUUAAACGAGCAUAAAAAUUGUAUAUGCAUUAAUUUUAAAUCUUUGUAAAUAAUAUUAACCUGUAAUUGCGAGACGUGUUUAGCUCAACUGUAUUGGGAUGCAUAUGCGUUGUGGAAAUGCGAAAAUACUCAAAUCUUACAUUGCAUCAGGCGUGCGAUGCGCUUUGUGUUUGAUACGAAACUUUGUGAAACUAUAUAAAUAUAUGUGUGUAUAAAUAUUUAAAUAUCUUCAUUUUGCAUUGCAUUGCUUUUGGUGAAAUCAAUUCUUUGCUAUUUACGAUUUAUUUCUUAAAAUGUUAUAUUAUUUUCGUCGUCCAUGUAAAUAAUUAUUUUUGUACAUGAAUACAA